ACAAGCAACGAGCUUCUUCCAAUAUAAGAGUUUUGUGUAAAUUGAAGAAAGAACAAUUUGAAAAGAUGUCAUUUCUCUUCAACAAGGGUCAAAAGAUCAAGGGGACUGUGGUGUUGAUGCCCAAGAAUGUCUUGGACUUCGACACCAUAUCCUCCAUCCCCAACGGUGGCGUUGCCGGGGCAUUCGACGGCCUCCUCGGCACUGCCACUGACUUACUUGGCCAUGCAGUUGAUGAUCUCACUGCCAUCUUUAGCCGCCAAAUUUCGCUUAAGUUGAUCAGUGCUACCAAGACUGAUGGAAAGGGAAAUGGGAAAAUUGGAAAGGAAACUUAUGUAGAGAAUCAUCUUCCAACCUUACCCACAUUGGGAGCAAGGCAAGAAGCAUUCGAUAUUCAUUUUGAUUAUGAUGCCGAGUUUGGAAUUCCAGCAGCAUUUUAUCUCAGAAGCUACAUGCAAACUGAAUUCUUCCUCGUUAGUGUUACUCUUGAAGACGUUCCAAACCAUGGAACCAUUCACUUUGUUUGCAACUCAUGGGUCUACAACUUCAAAAAUUACAAAAACGACCGCAUCUUCUUUAUCAACAACGUGUUUUUACCCAGUGAAACACCUGCUGCACUAUUGAAGUACAGAAAAGAAGAGUUGCAGAACUUAAGAGGAGAUGGAACAGGGGAGCGCAAAGAAUACGAUAGGAUUUACGAUUAUGAUGUCUACAAUGAUUUAGGUAAUCCAGAUCGUGGUGAAAAGUAUUCUCGCCCAAUCCUUGGAGGCUCUUCCACUUAUCCCUAUCCUCGAAGAGUUAGAACUGGUAGAAAACCAACCAAAAAAGAUCCUAAAAGUGAGACUCCACCAAGGGAGACUUAUGUUCCAAGAGACGAAAAUUUUGGUCACUUGAAAUCAUCUGACUUCCUCAUAUAUGGAAUCAAAUCUUUGUCUCAAAACGUGUUGCCUCUUUUCGAAUCGUUGAUCUUCGAUUUAGACUUCACACCGAAUGAGUUUGAUAGCUUCGACGAAGUACGAGAACUCUACGAAGGAGGAGUCAAACUGCCCACAGAUAUGCUGAGUAAAAUUAGUCCCUUGCCGGCGCUCAAAGAAAUAUUUCGGACUGAUGGCGAACAAACACUCAAAUUCCCACCACCUCAUGUAAUCAGAGUUAGCAAAUCUGCAUGGAUGACUGAUGAAGAAUUUGCAAGAGAAAUGCUUGCUGGUGUAAAUCCUUGUGUGAUUCGACGUCUUCAAGAGUUCCCACCCCAAAGCACACUAGAUGCUACCAUCUACGGUGACCAAAACAGUAAAGUUUCAAAACAAGAGAUGGAGACUAACCUAGAUGGGCUCACAGUGGAACAGGCACUUAAUGGUAAUAGAUUAUUCAUAUUGGAUUACCAUGAUGCCUUCAUGCCAUAUCUAGAAAGGAUCAACAAAAUUGCAAAGGCUUAUGCUACCAGAACAUUCCUUUUCUUGAGUGAGAAUGGGAAAUUGAAGCCAGUUGCCAUUGAGUUAAGUUUGCCACAUCCUAGUGGAGAUCAAUAUGGUGCUGUUAGUAAAGUCAUCUUGCCUGCUUCCGAAGGUGUUGAAAGCACAAUUUGGCUAUUGGCCAAGGCUCAUGUAAUUGUCAACGACUCGUGUUAUCAUCAACUCAUGAGCCACUGGUUAAACACACACGCAGUUAUUGAGCCAUUUGCCAUAGCAACAAAUAGGAAUCUUAGUGUGCUUCACCCCAUUAGUAAACUCCUACACCCUCAUUAUCGUGACACCAUCAACAUCAACGGACUUGCUCGUCAAGCACUAAUCAAUGCAGGUGGCAUCAUAGAGCAAUCAUUUUUGCCUGGCCCCAAUUCCAUAGAGAUGUCUUCAGCUGUUUACAAGAAUUGGGUAUUCACAGACCAAGCUUUACCAGCUGAUCUUGUUAAGAGGGGAUUGGCCAUUCAAGAUCCUUCUUCACCUUAUGGCCUUAACCUAGUGAUAAAGGAUUACCCUUAUGCAGUUGAUGGACUAGAGAUAUGGGAUGCAAUCAAGACAUGGGUCCAAGACUAUGUUUCUUUGUACUACCCUUCAGAUGAAGCAGUUAAGAAAGAUUCAGAACUGCAAGCAUGGUGGAAGGAAGCUGUAGAGAGGGGUCAUGAAGACUUAAAAGACAAGCCAUGGUGGCCAAAAAUGCAAAGCAUUGAAGAAUUGAUUCAAUGCUGCUCUAUCAUUAUAUGGACGGCUUCGGCGCUUCAUGCCGCCGUUAACUUUGGACAGUAUCCAUAUGGAGGUUACAUCCUUAACCGUCCAACUCUAAGUAGAAGAUGGAUCCCGGAGAAGGGAACUAAAGAUUAUGAUGAGAUGGUGAAGAAUCCUCAAAAGGCUUAUUUGGGAACAAUCACACCUAAGUAUCAGACCCUUGUUGAUCUCUCAGUGAUUGAGAUUUUGUCAAGGCAUGCCUCUGAUGAAGUGUACCUUGGGCAGAGGGAGAAUCCUAACUGGACAAGUGACUCAAGGGCAAUCCAAGCUUUCAACAAGUUUGGGAGCAAGUUGGCAGAGAUUGAGGGUAAGAUUAAAGAAAGGAACAAGGAUUCCAGUUUGAGCAAUAGGGUUGGACCGGUUGAACUUCCCUAUACUUUGCUUCUUCCUUCUAGCACUGAAGGCUUAACUUUCAGAGGUAUCCCUAACAGUAUCUCCAUCUGAAAACAAAAUAGGGUUUCUUUGGAGUUUCAUUUUUAUUUGUUGCCAUUUCUAAUAACACCAUGAUGAUGCAUGUCAUCCAUUAUGGUCAUAGUACUGUAUUUUAAGGUGACUAAUCGAAUGAAGAUU